AUGAGCAACGAAAGGGAACGCCAGUUCGUGGCCUUUUGCUGGCAAUUUAGCUGGAAUUUUGACGUCCUCAGGAAUUUCCCGACACUACUAGACACGAAUACAAUUUCAAAGUUCGAGCGCGACGCCUACGAUCUGCUCCUCCCGACCCAGCUCAACUCUGACAGCAUGCACGAUGUACUCAGCACCAUCAAUACGGCGGCCCUGCUCACGAUGUGCGCCGCGAAGCCGCAGCCUGAGGAGCAGAAAGAACUGCUGAAGCGCUUCAUCUUCGGGUGCAAGGAGACGAUCCACGAGCACUUGGAGCACGCCUUGCAGAUAUGCGACCGCAUCAUCGAACAAAGGUUCGACCAGACUAUCCAGGCUUUCAAGUCUGCCCUCGCUGGGGAGGCUGGGCUCGAGAAAUGCAUCGAGCUGCUCAGACCGGACUCGAGCUGGGACUUGGAUGUCAGUCCGACAUUUUUGUCCAUGCUCAAGGACGCCGAGAAAGACUGUAUCCCCGGCGACAACGCCGAGUGUCGUCUGUCACACGCUGAAGCGCUUAGUCAAACGGCUGUGCUACUGUCCAUGUGCGGCAAGCGUAAAGUCGAGACCCGAGCGAAGCUGGUGAGAGAAAUCGUGACCCAUCAUCAGGGCGUGAUGAAUAGAGAGAACCAUCAACAGAGCAACCAGGGUGGAGGGGAUGCGGAGCACUGGCAGGAGCGGACAAGGUUUCAUCUAGAACAAUCCAAGUCCAGGGGGGAACGUCUGCGAAAUAGCGAACCAAGCGACAUCGAAAAGGAUAUGGAGGGUCGAAAGAAAAUGAAAUAA